AUGAAAGCUACUGCAGCGCAAAAUAAUUCAACUCAUGCUAGUGUAGCGACCAAAAAUAGCAACUACAGAGGCGCUACAUACAUUUUCGACAAAGCUAUCGGAGGAAUUGUUUAUGCAAGUUUUAUAAUUGCCGGAGCAAUCGUCUUCGUUGGAAGUAAGGUGGAGGGCUUUAUUGGACUCGACGAAAACCGUUCUGACGAUCAGGAAUGGACUGUCAUUAGACAAUAA